AUCAACAGACUUUGUGGCAGCGGCUUGCAGGCUAUUGUAACGGCCUCGCAGUUGAUUAAGCUCGGUGAUGUUUCCUUGGCGGUUGCCGGCGGUACGGAAAAUAUGAGCAGGGGGGGCUACUUAAUGCCCUCACACCGCUGGGGUCAGCGAUUGGGAGAUGGCACUGUUACCGAUAUGGUAACGGGCGCGCUGACCGAUCCUUUUGGCCUGGGUCAUAUGGGUAUUACUGGCGAGAAUGUGGCCCGCAACCACGAGAUCAGCAGGUCGGAACAGGAUAGCUUUUCCCUGGAAAGUCACCGCCGCGCCAGC